AUGGACGAGCUCAUGGCAGGAUUUGUCACAUCCGCCGACACCGGAAACGAGGAUUUGGUGAUAGCAAGCCGGGCAGCACUCAGCGAGUAUUGCGAAAAGUCCCAGGAGAACCUCGACCGCGUCUGUGCGGCCCUCGUACGCAACCUCAACAACCGGCAAGGGCAAGACCGCGUAGUUGUGCCGACGUUGGAGAUCAUUGCUUUCAUGUUCUACGUUGGCGCCUUCCGGCGUUGCACCGAGAUUGACUACAAGAACCUGUGUCUAUUGGUUCAGAAAUCUGGCUACAAGACCGGAAACGUCCGGAAGCUCGAGGCGUGCAUCAAGGUCUACGGCGGAAUCACCGGCAUUGCCAUUCACUCGGACCGAACCCCAUUGAGAACGGCCACACUCGAGGAGCGGAGAGCGCAAGGGAUCACGGAGGCACGAAAGAGGCUCGGUGCUCUGAUGAUGCACCCCUGGCCUCGGGUGAGAAGUCUUGUGAUAGAUGAGCUCUGGGGACUCGUGUCUGCCGAGGAUGGCGACGCGGCAGAGCGGCUGAAAGGCGUGGACUGGGGUAAAGCUGAAAAGGGGCCCAUCAAAGCGCUUGUUGAGGAGCUCACGCCUCCAUCUGCUACUGCGUAA